UGAGAGAGGGAGCGAAAGCCGGAGAAACUCCGCAGCAGCACCAGUGGCGGCAGCAGAGUCAACGCAUCUGUGUCUUCGAAUCGCCGUGUCUUGCGCGGCCAAUCCCCAGUUUGGUUCAGAUUGAGAUUUAACAGCGCCUCGGAUCUUCAGAAACCUUCGACGUCGGUCGACAGUGUUAAGAGCAGGCAUUAACCCCACAGCGCGCAUCUGAGAGCCUCCAAACCCGACCCUUUUCCAUCUAACCCAAUUUCUUGAAUUUUUAAUGGAAAAUGGCGAUCCACGCACAGUCCUCUGGUAUCUUCUGCAUGUUCUCCAUCCAAACUAUGCUGAUCAUCAGCGUGUCCUCGCCUGGAACGGCUAAUCUCCGCUUCCCGCAGCACUACACCAUGAUCCACUGGGCUGGACGUAUAGAGAAGGAACUGGAGAAAGUGCUGCCCCAGGUGACUGGAGUCCAGCAGAUGAAAUCAAUAUAUAACGAGAAGAGGAGUCAGUUUGACGUGAAGAGGAACUCACCCAAGGACCUGGUGGAGCGGGUGGCCCGAGACAUCGCCAGGCUGCUUAACAGCAAGCGCAAGGCUCUGGAGAGACUGGCCAAAGAAGCAGAACAGAUCCAGACAGAAUACCCCUGGCAGGACAACAUCAAGGAGAGUGACAUACAAUACUAUGACUCAAAGGUGGAUGCUGAAUAUGUGCAAUACCGUGAAGUUAUAUUUCCUUUAAAGCCCGGCAGCAAUUUUACUGAAGAGAACUUGAUGGCAAACCCACAGUCCAUCUCUCUGGAGUUUGUGGAAGACCCCAACUUCAAAAACAAAGUCAACUACUCCUACACUGCUGUACAAAUCCCCACUGACAUCUACAAGGGCUCACCCACAAUUCUGAAUGAGCUGAACUGGACCCAGGCGCUGGAGAGGGUGUUUAUCGAUAACAGUCGCGAGGACCCCUCGCUUCGCUGGCAGGCCUUUGGCAGUGCCACUGGAGUCACUAGAUAUUACCCAGCCACACCAUGGAGAACACCGUAUAAGAUCGACCUGUACGAUGUGAGGAGGCGACCUUGGUAUAUUCAGGGUGCCUCUUCUCCUAAAGACAUGGUCAUCAUAGUAGAUGUGAGUGGCAGUGUCAGUGGACUGACUUUGAAGUUAAUGAAAACGUCUGUUAAUGAGAUGCUGGACACGCUGUCUGAUGAUGACUAUGUAAAUGUAGUCCAGUUCAACGAAAAGGCAGACGUUGUUGUCUCGUGCUUUAAGACACUGGUCCAGGCCAACUUGAGAAAUAAAAAAAUCUUCAAAGACAAGGUGAUGCAAAUGCAUGCCAAGGGGACGACAGUCUACAAGUCUGGCUUCCAGUUUGCUUUUGAGCAGCUAUUAAAUGACACUACUAGUGCUCCAAGGGCAAACUGCAAUAAGAUGAUAAUGAUGUUCACAGAUGGAGGAGAGGACCGAGCCGAAGAGGUCUUUGAGAAGUACAACUGGCCCAAUAAAACCGUCCGAGUUUUCACCUUCUCUGUGGGCCAGCACAAUUACGAUGUCGCACCGCUGCAGUGGAUCGCCUGUGCUAACAAAGGAUACUACUUUGAGAUCCCAUCCAUUGGAGCAAUCAGAAUCAACACACAGGAGUAUCUAGAUGUUCUGGGCAGACCUAUGGCAUUAGCAGGCAACCAGGCCAAACAAGUGCAGUGGACCAAUGUCUACCAGGAUGCUCUGGGCUUGGGUCUGGUCAUUACUGGCACAAUGCCUGUCUUCAAUCUCACCGCUGAUAAUGACUCCAAGAACCAGUUAAUAUUGGGCGUCAUGGGUGUCGAUAUUGCACUUAGUGAAAUUCAGCAGCUCACACCACGGUAUAAGCUUGGAGCCAAUGGUUACACAUUCGCCAUAGAUCCCAAUGGUUAUGUCCUUCUACAUCCCAACUUACAACCUAAGAUCAUCAACUUCAGAGAACCAGUCACACUUGACUUUCUAGAUGCAGAGCUGGCAGACAGCAAUAAGGAAGAGAUUCGCCGCCUAAUGAUUGACGGCAAGGCAGGACAGAGGAAAGUCAAGACAUUAGUUAAGGCCAUUGACAAGCGUUACAUUGAUGAGGUUCUGAGGACAUACAUAUGGACUCCAGUGGAAGGCACAGACUACAGUCUGGGGUUGGUGCUGCCCACCUACAGUGAACACCACAUCAGGGCCAACCUCAGCGACCAGAUACUGCAAGUGCAGUUAAAAGACACCACGGACUUUGAAUCUCUGCUGCCACACACAUUUGAAUCAGAGGGACGUGUGUUGAUAGCUCCAAGGGAAUACUGCAAGGACCUGGAGCUGUCCAGCAACAACACGGAGUUCCUGCUCAACUUCAUCGCUCUGAUGGAGAAAGUCACACCAGACUCCAAACAAUGUGACAACUUCCUGCUACACAAUCUGAUUCUGGACACGGGAAUUAUCAGACAGCUGGUGGAGAAAGUGUGGAAAACGAAGGACCUCAACACGUAUGGAUUUUUGGCCGUUUUUGCAGCUACAGAUGGAGGCAUCACUCGUAUUUUCCCAAAUAAGGCUGCUGAGACCUGGGAGGAGGAUCCGGAGCCAUUUAAUGCCACUUACUACCAACGCAGUUUGGACAACAGGGGCUACAUAUUUAGAGCACCCUAUCGUAGCCGUGAGUCAAACACUAUCCUGCAGGAACAGGAGAAUGACACCAUCGGUAUCCUGGUCAGUACAGCAGUGGAGAUUACUGUAGGGUCCAGAACUAUUAGACCUGCUGUGGUGGGUGUAAAGUUGGACCUUGAAGCUUGGACUUCAAAAUUUAAGAUCCUUGCCAGCAACCAAACUGACAACACUCGACAAGGUUCUCAAAUGUGCACACCAACUUCUGGCUGCGAGAUGGACUGUGAUGCCCAUGAGGACUUGCUGUGUUAUCUGAUCGACGAUGGCGGCUUUCUCAUCAUGUCCAAUCAGAUUAACGACUGGAGCAAGAUUGGAAUGUUCUUCAGUGAGGUAGACUCUGCCCUGAUGUAUGCACUCUACAACAACUCUUUCUACCAGCGCAAGCUGACGUUCGAUUACCAGUCUGUGUGUGCCCCUAUCCAUUCCAGCAAUACGGGGGCAGCCCCUCGAGGAGUCUUUGUGCCAACAAUCGCAGACUUCCUAAACAUGGCGUGGUGGACAUCAACAGCUGCCUGGUCCCUCUUUCAGCAGAUGCUUUACGGGUUUGCCUACCACAGCUGGUUCACUACAGAUGAAAUCGAAGCAUCAGACAUCUCGGAGUCCAAAGAGGCCAGUUGCGUUAGACAACAGACACAGUUCUACUUUGGUAAUGUCAGCAGUGCCUACAGCAUAGUGCAGGACUGUGAAAACUGCUCCAGAGUCAUCCAUGCCAAGAGAAUCAAUAACACCAACUUGCUGUUUGUGGUGGCUGAGAAGCUACCCUGCAGUACAUGCGAUGUCGAGAAACUCUUUCAGGAGGAGUUGGAAUUCAUUCAAGAGGACCCAUGUCUGAAUAUGCCACAACCGCGGUACAGAAAAGGACCCUCCACCUGUUUUGAUUACAAUAUUGCAGAGAACACUACAGACUGUGGACGAGGACACUCCUUCCGCCCGUCCAUCCGCACUUUACUCCUCCUCCAGCUCCUCCUCCUCUCUCUAGUGGCCCACCCUCACAUUUUGCCUUUCUCCCUUUAACUUCUUCAUCUGCCCAUCUCCCUCGCCUCGCCUAAUUCUGCAUUUCUCCUUUAUCUCCCCUCGCUCUAGUCAUAGGUGUUAAUGGGACUUCCUGCUGCCCUUAAACGGAAGCCCGACACACUGCUUCAUCCACUUAGCUUCACAGGUUGUUGCUUAGUGACCGUUGCAGAAGUUUAUUGUCUCCUGCCAAUCAGCAGCCUUUGUAAAAGGAGCUAGACAUCUCCUUAAAGAAGACGAAGCUGAGGAUGUCACUGACAACAAAAAAAAAGUCUACCGUUGCAUGGAGCGGAGGACACGGAGGGAGAACAGAUCACCCUCUAGGACCAACUGAAACAGAGGCAGUGCAGAGAAGAAUGGAAUGUUCCGUUGCUGUGCAACCUGCCAGAACGAAUGGAGGAUUACAUUUUGUCAGAUUCUGCCUUUACGGUUCAAGUCAUCCUCCUCAUCCUCAUCCUCAUCUUCAUCCCUUUAGAGGCCCCUGAGCUCUGUUUCAUGGGUUUACCGCUUGCCUAAUUUGACAUGGGGCUAAAGAACCUUCUGCCAUUCUCUAGUAAUUGGUAAUAAGAUCACAGAACUUUAAUCAAAAAAAAAGGUAACAACCUGUGAGUAUUUAAAGCAUAACCUCCAUGUGCUAGGACAUUACGAGAGAGGGAACAUGAUAGAAGUUACUUAUUAAAAGUAUAAUUUGUUUAUUUAUGCACUAUAUCUACUUCUUGCCAAAAUGAGAUAGACUUGUUGCGUGGUCUUAUUUUUCUAGCCAAAUUAGGACGAGGAGAAUAAUAAGGGAAAUGACUCACCCAGUAGAACAGCAAGUCCAGUUAGGAAGAAUCAGGGACCUCCUGUGGAGACCAGGCCUGUAAUUCAGUUUGCUUCAUUCGCUCUUCUGUCACCUAGUCAUAAGCACUUCAUUAGGCACAUCUUCCUGUUUAACUGGUCUACACAAAUAGAGGAUCUGAAGGAUCUAUUGUUUUAAUCAUAUAAAGACCUUCCAUUUAGGUGGUGUCUUUAACUAGCUGGUGUUUACAGACGAAUUGGAAUAUGGCCCAUCUGGGCUCCGGUAUCUCCCCUCUCCAUCCUCCAUAGAUGUGUCUUGUGUGUACAUGGAGGCCAUAUUUAUACACUUGGCAAGUUUGUCGCAGUCUAUUUCACAGUACUUUACAACCAUUAGCUCUUUUGUUAACUGACUGAUCUGCAAUCUAUCCGUCAGUGAAGAUUAAUGCGAUGAAAAUAUCACUAAUCAUUUAAUGUAUGCCUUGUCAUUUGGAAAAUGCACAUUUAUUUGUUGAUUUAAUUUCAUCAGAAUACUCAUACAUCAAUUUUCCGUUUUGCAAUGAAAACAUCACUGUAAUGUAUACAUUCAUAUCUUCAUAUCACAAUGACACUUUGGGACCCAACUCAUAUCUUUUUUUCCUCCGUUUAUUGUGCCUUGAUUUACUUUUCUGUUUGAAAGUAUUGGCUACUGAUUUGCAGUUUCAUUAUAUAGUAAUUUCUUCACUCUUUGUAGGGUUUCUCUACCUAGCCUUUUACUGGCCAUUAGGGAUAUUUCUUAAAGAUACUCCAGACUGGCUGUAGGGCUACAAUAUCUUAUUGGAGACUUUGAUCUGAAGAUAAAAUUAGAGUAGUUCACACAAAAAGACCUAAGUAACCUAUGAAGAUACAUUAGUUCAUAUAGUUUUGAGUUUUUGCCAUAGCCUUCAGAUCAGACGAGAAGUAAAGAACUUUUUUUCUGGGGACCUUCUGUAAAUAAUGGAAGCCUAAUUCUUUGUUGCCCCCAAAGUAAGCUCCUUGAGAUAGUUUAAAGUAUCUUCUAAAUCUAGUCGGUAUAUGAGGAAUUAACAUGUAUCUUGAGCUUACUGCAGGUCUGGUGUCUGCUUCAACUUCCCAGAGGUAACCAGUAUUACUGUUGAUGAAGCUUACAGUCUCCACUUACAAUGUGCUAUCUCGCAUUGGAGCUGCUCUUUAUGGUCACCAUCCAUCAUAAGCUUCUAUAGUGUGCUUACAGGUCAUGAACUUCAUUCUUUUUUUCUUUCUUUUUCUCUCUCUCUCUGUCUCUCUCUCUCUCUCUCUCUCUCUCUCUCUCUCUCUCUCUCUCUGUGUGUGUGUGUGUGCGUGUGCACCUGUGAAUGUGUUUUCUGCAAUGCAGCAAAUGAUGCAGUGUUUGCUCUAAUCAGGUGUUAGAGUGGAAAAUAGAUGUUUUUAUUGAAGUAUCCUGAAUGUGUCGUCAUUGUCAAUAAGAAGAGGUAAUGUGUCUCGUUUUGCAGGUGUGAAAAUAAUGUUUCACGUGUUGUCUCCAAAUCAGUUCACAAGACCUUCUGCUUUUCUGUUUUGUUUUGUUCGUGUUUCCAUCUUUUCAUCCAUUUUAUUUUCAUUCCUUUCAUCUCCCUCUCUCUGGGUUUCUUUUCGUCCUUUCUACCAUCACACCCUCCAUUGUUAGAAAAUUAGUGUUUUAAAAAUAACCGAUCUGAGGAUUUUCAGAGUUUAAAGUGUCCAGCAUGGGAGGACAUGGAAUGUAUACACUUGAGGGACAGUGUACACUGCCUGGAGUUCGGUUUACCCAGCACGGUGUGUCAAUAGCGAUGUAAUACGUAGUCAUCUCAGCAGUGUCCUGAGGUAACUCCGAGGUGUCAACCUUGCGCUUUUUUGUCGCUGAUGCUAAUACUAUAUGCUUUCAUUUGGAUUUUUUUCUCAUUCACAUCACAGUUGGCACAUUUUUAAAACAUGAGAACUGCCUCACCACAGAGAACGGCCGAGACAGAGGUUAAUUCGUUUAUCUAAUAGCUAACCCAUUGCAGCGUGCAUUAUCACUAACGGGUGAGCACGCAAACAGAACAGAACCCAACUGUCGUAGCCUUCCCGCUAUCAAUAUGCUCGAAACCUGUGGCCUUUAUGCCGCACUUCAUUACUGGAUUCAUACCGUACUCAGACCUAUUGACUACUGUAUCUUAAACCUAGCAAGCACAUCUCUCGAAUAUAUGAGCAAAUGCGCAAGUAGAGACAUUUCAUUACAUAAGCCAAGGACACCAUUUCCUACUUUCGCCCAUUUGCUGAAUAAAGAAAACAGCGCAAGUGUCCAUACCGUUGUGAGCAGUGAUCACCCUGUCUUGUCAAAAUCUGUUACCCAACAAAAUCAUACCUCAUUCUGCUUCUUAAAUGAUGUGCAAUUUUUUUUAUUUCAUGUUGGAAGGAACAUGGUACUCUAACAAGUCUAGAAGAGUAUAUGCCUUAUCCUGUCUUGUAAAUCACGUCCAAAAUUUUGUCUCUCGUUUCUUUUUAGAAGAGAAUGUUUAGCCCAUUCGUACUAACAUUUGGAAAGGCAGAGUGACAGACGAUAACAUACUUUGGCAAGACGUUGAAUUUAAAACCAUGAGUGUGUCUGUCACCAUUCUGAGUGCACUGGGACUAAAGUCCUUGUUCUUUCAAUUGUUCAAUUUUUUCGCCAAAAAUGUAUUUUAAAAAGAAGAAUAAAAGAUUACGUAGCUUGGGGAGGUUGGGACGGGUUGGCUUUAUUUGGAGUUCCUCCUCCAACUCUUCCCCUUCCUUAUAGCAACAACAGAGUAGGCACGUUUCCUCGGGAGAGACACGUGUGUGUGUGUGUGCGUGUGUGUGUGAUUCUGUAGUCCUUAGUCUGGUGCUCCGUGACAAAUGUGUGGAAAAAAUAAUAAAUAAACAAAAUAAGUCCGUAAAAGGUGAAAUUGAAUUUCGCAUUAAGUGACAAUAAAAAAUAAAGAUUUAAGUAAAAUAGGAAUACAGUACUACUGAAUAUCAUCUUGAGUUUGAGGUGUGAUAUCAAAGUGGGAGUUUUAGUUUGUUGGAUUGUGUGUGAAGAGCGAAUUGCUCCAAUUCUUUGGACACUGGGUCUAUGUUGCUCCAUUCUUUUGUACAGAAGUAACAAAAAAAAUAUGAGGGAAACAUUUGUAAAAUAUUGUGUCUGUGACUCCUUGUAAAAUAUUUUCAAAUUGUUUAUUACAGAGAAUCAGUUAUUAAAUAAUGUUCAUAUUUUUCACUUCAUUUCAGUGUGUAGUGAUCAUUUUUUUGGAAAAAUAGGUUCCAUGUUCUAAGACAUGCAUAGUAUUAUUUGAGUGAUUCACAUCUAUAUCACAUACAUCAUUACAUACAUUUUACUGAAAGUACAGAACUGAUGAAACACCAAUGUUGUGGAAUAGAGAGUGAUAAAUAUUCAGUUCACACUGCAAGUUGUUCAAUUGUCUAACUUGGUGCAGGUUAGAAUGGCCUAAGCAAAAACAAAACUGGCCAGACAUUGUUACAAUUUGGACUUCAACUGCCAGCUUUGUCAGAUUUUGUGAACUAAUAUAUGGGUCCAAAAAAGGUCCCAUGAAAAUCUAUUCUUUACAUGGUGAUUAUAGUUGAUCAAAAGACUUUGCUAUAGAAAAUGUAGUCCUGCAUAUCCUAACACAAGGACUAUAAACUGAAUGGAAUAAAUUUAGUAUGAGAAAAAAAAAAAAAA